ACGGGGGAGUUCCCAAAGUCAUCAAACCCCCUCCAAGUCUCUCAUUCCCUAGCAGAGUGCACUGAUAAAAUGGAUCUAAGGAAGGCUGCCGCUCUGUGUCUAGGGCUGUGGAGCGCCUGGCUCUGGGCUGCUCAGAGCCCCCAGGCUGCAGCAGUGCUGCCCUCCGCACACAGGCAAGGAGCCGCCAGGAGGGUGCUGGAGACUGGCACUCCGCAUAGGGAUACCCACCAUCACUUCACCUCCAGGAAGGACAACUGUGCCAGGGCUGCCGUGGUGCCCCAUGAAUACAUGCUGUCCCUCUACAGGAGACUAUCCCGCAAAGGGCACAGAGGGCUGCACAGCAACAGCACCCGGGACAGGGUAGCUGCCAACACGAUUGCCAGCUUCGUGGACCAGGGGCACGAUGAAGUUCCACUUCAGUCCCUGGAGCAGAAUUACCUGUUUGACACAAGCACAUUGUCGUCCUUGGAUGAGAUUGUGGGUGCUGAGCUAAGGAUUUUACACAAACCUCAUGAAAACUUAAGUCUUGUAAUAUCAGACCCUGGGAAUGUUGCUUACCUUCAUCUUUACACUUGUGCCACCACUUGGCAGGAGCCCAUCCUCGUAGAUUCCCGUUCUGCUGACCUGAUGACCACCUUGUCCAAAUGGGAAGUAUUUAAUGUAUGGAAAGCCAUGGACAACAGGAAGAGUCCUGGUGAGCCUUUGUGCUUUACCUUAAAGAUAGUCUCUGAUCUCACAGACCAAUACUUAUCACCGGCCCAGCUUGGAUUUAAUCGCCUGGGCUUAGCAGAACCAGAAAAAGCUUUGCUGGUUGUCUCCUCCUAUUCUAAGAGGAAGGAGAACCUUUUCAAGGAGAUCAGAGACAAAAUUAGGUCAAUGGAGAACCCUAAAGGAUUAGAUCCUCCCGAUCAUGACCAAAGGUCCAUCAUUAAAAGAAGAAGGAAAAGGACAACGUUGCCAACCCGGACAAGUCACAACAAAGGGCAAGGCAAGAGGGCUAAAACAAGGUGUAGUAAGAAGCCCUUGCAUGUUAACUUUAAAGAGCUUGGAUGGGAUGACUGGAUAAUAGCCCCAUUGGAUUAUGAAGCUUACCAUUGCGAGGGAAUGUGUGAUUUUCCUCUAAGAUCCCAUCUGGAGCCUACCAACCAUGCCAUAAUCCAGACUUUAAUGAAUUCAAUGGACCCUGAGUCCACGCCACCCAGCUGCUGUGUCCCUUCCAAACUCAGCCCCAUAAGUAUUCUAUACAUAGACUCUGGCAACAACGUGGUCUACAAACAGUAUGAAGACAUGGUUGUAGAAAACUGUGGUUGCAGGUAGCACUUACCUAUGUACUGCCAAGAAUUUUCUGUACUUUUUUAUUAGAAAGAAAAAACAUUCAGACAUGAAAAGGCAAACAGAGGUAGACCGCAAAGUGUUAAGAUUCUCCUGUGUGUCACUAAACAGUUCUUCCAGGUUUAAAGUGUAACCUGAUGUUGUAAGGAAAGGUAGUAAAAAAUGUGCUUUCUAUGUGGUAUUUAUUAUGUAUCUUAUUCCUUUAUGGUUGUAAAGGUCCCUAAAUUAUUCAUUGUGCCCAGUGGGAACAGUUGAACCUUUGCUUGUUGCCAAAUAAAAACGGUGGACCCAGCUGUCUACACAUUACACAGUACACGGUAUGUCUAAAGUUCCUCAAGGCAAUAAGCAAGAUUUGAAGCCCCAAACAAUCUGUUACCUCCUCUGAGGACCACAGGCAUACUACAUUAUCACCACAUGAGAUGUUUCUAUUCCUUUUUGGCCACCAGCUCUCACUCACAUCUUCAAGACUUUUCUCAUACGACUUCCUUUCUUUUGAAUGCCUUUCCUGAGGCCAGUACAUUUUUAGUAAUCCUCCAAGUCCUAAAGGGUGCAUUUAGCACAUCUUUUUCAGGCAAAGGGUAACCCUGAUCCACGACAUCUAAAAUAACAAAAGAAGAUUUUCUGCUUUUUUCCCCACAACUAAUGCUUUGCCAAGUUCUACUGUUCUACCUUCCAUACUUGUAUCUAAUCCCUUCUAUUAAUCGGCAGGCACAUUUGUGCAGCAAUCUCAUUGUUAUAGCUAUACCCAUUUAACUGACUUUAAUACAGCCCCUGUACAUCCUCAGCUUCUACUGUGCUUGUGAAGAUCUUGGCACUAAAUACAAUAUUUUUAUGAUAACAAUAAGCAGCCUAUAUAAAAAUAAUGGAGUAAGAUACGUAACAAAAGAAAUCCUUCUUCCUGUUUAGAAAGUGAAAGAGUUUUGCUGCCAUGUCUUGCAGUGUCAAAAGUGGAAAAAAAGUGGUUUGGAGAUUUACAGAGCAAUACUGGGGAGGGCACACCUGAAAACAAUCAAUAAAUUCCCAAUGCUGUUUAGGAAGCACUGCAAUAGUGCUAAAAUUAGAGAUCUUCCCAGUUUGUUUAAUCUUAAAAUAUUAGCACACAUUUCUGUUUGAAACUUCUGUGUUGUACAAGUUUCUUUUUAUGUUCCAGUGUGUAUGCGUGAGGCUGGGGUGAACUAAGAGGUAGGGUGGUACUUGGAAGCCAUGAACACAGUGGCUUGCAUCAUUAUGAGCCAUUCAGACAAUGGGUUUAUCUAUAGCAGGGGUCUCAAACUGGUACGAAACUACAAGUCCCA